CUGGAAAUAUACACAUGCGCUUUUCGAACUGAUUCUUUCCACGUGUUGUGUCACCUCGGUUCUAGGUUAGAUUCGGGGAAAAUUAAAUAAAAACAAUAUUGAACCUUAAUUUAUUGUGAAUUCUGUAUCGGCACAACCAUUAAAAAAUGGCUCUGUACAAUUUCAAGAAGAUCGCAGUUGUCCCCUCUGCAAAGGACUUCAUCGAUAUUAUUCUAUCGAAAACGCAACGCAAGACACCCACCGUCGUCCACAAGCAAUACAAGAUAACACGAAUCCGGAAUUUCUACAUGCGAAAAAUCAAAUUUUCGCAGCAAAGCUUCCACGACCGUUUGACUCAAAUCCUGACCGAAUUCCCCAAACUGGACGAUGUCCACCCGUUUUACGCCGACUUGAUCAACGUUCUGUACGACAAAGACCAUUACAAGCUGGCCCUAGGGCAGAUAAACACAGCCAAGCAUUUGAUAGACAAUGUGGCGAAGGACUAUGUCCGUUUGAUGAAAUUUGGCGACUCGUUGUACCGCUGUAAGCAACUAAAACGGGCUGCUUUGGGCCGAAUGGCCACGAUAAUGAAGCGACAAGCCUCAAAUUUGACUUACUUGGAACAGGUGAGGCAACAUUUGGCACGUUUGCCCUCAAUUGAUCCCUACACCAGGACAGUAAUUAUUUGCGGGUUUCCAAACGUUGGAAAAUCGUCGUUUAUGAAUAAAAUCACAAGGGCCGACGUUGAGGUCCAGCCGUACGCUUUCACAACGAAAUCGUUGUACGUUGGUCAUAUGGACUACAAAUAUUUGCGCUGGCAAGUGAUUGAUACUCCCGGAAUUUUGGAUCAUUCGUUAGAAGAACGAAACGUGAUUGAAAUGCAGGCUGUGACGGCCCUUGCACACUUGCGCGCCUGUGUUUUGUAUUUCCUCGACCCAUCCGAGCAAUGUGGACACACUUUGGAGGAACAAGUGAGAUUGUUCGAGUCAAUCAAGCCCUUAUUUGCCAAUAAACCAUUGAUUGUUGUGGCGAAUAAAGUCGAUAUUGUCCAAAUCAGCGAACUCCCGGAUGAGAAACAACAAGUCCUCAAAAGCCUGAAAGACGAUUCAAGUGUUCCAAUCAUGGAGAUGUCAACAGUGACCGAUACUGGGGUCAUGGAGGUCAAAACUGAAGCUUGUGAGACGCUCCUGAGCUUCAGAGUGGACCAAAAAAUGCGCUCGAAAAAAGUCGACGGUAUAUUGAAUCGCCUCCAUGUCGCUGUGCCCAAGCCCCGGGACGACAAGCCGCGCCCCCCGUGCAUCCCCGAGACCGUUCUGGCCAAACGCGAGGCCCAACAGUCCCGCAAACGCAAACUCGAGCGCGAUAUCGAGCUGGAAGAGGGCGAUGAUUACGUGCUCGAUCUUAAAAAGACCUACACGGAGAUUCCCGAAGAGGAGCGCUGGGACAUUAUUCCAGAAAUCUGGGAAGGGCACAAUAUCGCCGAUUACAUCGAUCCCGAAAUAUUCGACAAGCUGGAGGCCCUCGAACGCGAGGAGGAAAUCCGGGAAGAGACGGGAAUGUACGUCGUGCCGAAAAUCGAGCUUACCGACACUAUGCGUGAAAUUAAAGCCCUUGCGCUGCAAAUCAGGCACAAGAAGGCGAUAAUAAGGGACGAGGCGCGGGUUAAUAAGCAGUGCAGGAAGCCGGCCAUGCCCCGGAAUACGAGGGCUAAGGCGAGGGAUAGGUCGGUGUCGAAGUUGAGGGCGAAUAUGGAGGAGUUGGGGGUGGAUAUGAGCGAGUCGAAGGGGGCGCACUUCACGAAGACCAAGAGGGGUGCGUCGAUGGGGCCGCCCUUGAAGAAGAUGAGGAUGGAGGUGGAUAAACCCUCAACGAGUGUUGUGGCGAGGUCGACGAGGGCGGUGGUGCCCUCGAGGAAUGAGAUGGGGGUCAAGGAUCCAGCGAUGCGGAAGAAGUUGGCUAAAAUUGCGCACCGUGCCAUUAGUAAAAAGGUCAAGAAGUACGGUCUUAAAGGCGAAGCUGAUAGGUUUAUUGGUAACAAGAUGCCGAAACAUCUCUUUACUGGAAAGCGCGGAAUUGGGAAAACUGAUCGUCGUUAAGUAUUUAUUGUACUCAAAGUGUUUGUUAAUAAAGAUUAAGUAAAG